UUUUAUCUCUGCCCAUUUUUUUAACCGUUCAGCAGCUGCUCUAACCCCUAACUCUAACUUCAAAAUGGCUUCCACCAGCCGACUCAGUGUCUUGGCAAGGUCUUUCUCGUCAUCCUCGGUGACACGCCAGUUGGUGAAGCCUCCAAUCCAGGUUUUUGGAAUUGAGGGACGUUAUGCUACAGCUUUGUAUUCAGCUGCCACCAAGCAAUCAGCACUGGAUGCUGUGGAGAAAGAUCUCCUGAAAUUCCAGGGGCUUAUUAAGAGCGAUGCAAAGCUCGUGGACUUCUUGAAGGACCCGUCGAUCAAACGUCGGGCAAAGGCCGAGGCGUUCAAGGCAAUUGGCUCAAAGUUAAGCCUGAACCCAGCAACAGGCAAUCUCCUGACUCUCCUCGCUGAGAACGGACGCCUGGGGAUGAUCGGCCAGAUUGCCCAGGCCUUCAAGCAGAUCAUGGCAGCCAACAGGGGUGAGGUUGUUUGCGAGGUGACAACUGCCAAACCCCUGGAUGCCGAUACCCAGAGCAAACUCGAAUCAACCCUCAAAAUGUUCCUGCAAAAGGGUCAAACUCUUCUCCUCACCACCAAGGUCGAUCCCACCAUCAUCGGGGGUAUGCUCGUCUCGAUUGGCGACAAAUACGUCGACCUGAGCAUCGCCAGUAAAGUCAAGAGAUACUCAGAGAUCAUCAGAAGUGCUGCAUAAAUCUUUUUUGCAAUACAAUAGCAAAGUCAUAAAAAGAGAUAAGUCGAAUUGUUUUGAGAGGGGCUGUAGAAAUAAAUAUUAAAUUCUGUGGAUUGAAC